CUUUCACGUAAAACCUCAUAUCCUCAAUUCGAAAUCUCAGAUAGAAUAAUAUCCUUCUAGAAUUGUCUAACUCAAGGCCAUGCCAAUAACUUCAUCACACAGCUAGCUAUCUCUAGACCAAAAUGCCCAACCACGAUUCAAUAGCACACCUCCAACAAACAGCCCCUACCGUCUGUGAACCCUGCAAACGCCGCAAGAAGAGCUGCAACAAAGCUCUUCCUGCCUGUGGACGAUGUAGUCGACUCUUCGUCAAAUGCAAAUACACCCUCCCCCUCCCCGAAACCAACAACGGAAGCAAGAGCGGCCCCGCCCUUCCGCUUCCGCCCCUAGUCCAAACCCACCCCUCCUCUAGCAUCGACGAACAAGUCAGCUUCCAGGUGUCCCGUCUCUUGAGCGCUAUUACCCGCAAAAGCGAGUUCUACAUCUCGACCUAUUUCCGGACGUUCCAUCAGUCGCUGCCGGUUGUUGAUCAGGAAUCCUUCUACUCUCAGCUUGAUAGCUUAGAUGGGAAGCAGGGGGAGGAGGGGGAGGAUUAUUUCGGCGUCCUGCUGUUGGCGAUCUUUUUGGUGGCGGGCCAGGGCGGAGAGGAGGUUUAUGGUGCGGUGAAGAGUAUCUGGUGUUUGUUGACCGGGGCGGGCAGGGUAGGCCUAGGGUUGGUGAGGAUGGGGUGCCUGGUUGCGGGGUGGGAGUUUGUGCAGGGGAUGCUGGGGGAGGCGUGGGGGACUGUUGGGGGGACGGUGAGGAUGGCGCAGGUGCUGGGUUUGCAUGGUACCGUGAGGCGGGUGGGGGGAGAGGGAGAUGGGGUGGAGGAGAAGAGGUGUGUUUGGUGGUGUGUUGUUGUGCUUGAGAGGAUUAUCAAUCAGGAGUUCAGGGGUAGUGGAUUGCCGUUUGCUUCUAAGGGUCCGGAGCCGGAUGAUUAUCUUCCUCUUGUUCCGCUUAAGGAUGGAGUUACUUACCGGGUUAGAGAUGAGAUUGUACUUCCUGAGGAUGUUGAUCUGGAGAAUCUGGAUCUGGCGGAUAGGGGAUGCACUAGAUUUGGACCGUUUGCUGCUGUGGUUCAGAUGACUUACCUUACUGAUUUGACUACGAAACAUAUCUUGGAUGAGAGUAAGAGUCCUGAGGAACGGGUCGCUGAUGCUGCGAAGUUGGAUAUUGCGUUGCAGCAUUUUAGUGGAGCUUGUAUUCCGCCGCCAGGAAAAGCUGAGGGUAAAUACUGCGGUCCAUACGGUCUCCGCACCAGCGCAGCAUAUUCUCUUCAUCUCCACGAACUAGCCAUGUCCACCCAAUCCAACGACAAAGAAGGGAUCCUCCGAGCAACAAGUGCUCUCCAAUCUCUAACAAGAAUCAUCAUCUAUGCCACCAAAGCCUCUUUUGAAGGAGUACCAAUGGAUCUUGAUGGUAUUGCUUUCUGGGCUCAUCGAAUCUGUGCCGUUGCUGCUUUGAUCCAUAUUCAGUUUGGAGAGAGGAACGAGGCUUGGGAAGCGGAUUUGGAGGUCUUGAAGAAGUAUUUGAGGUAUUAUGUGCCGAAGUAUAGACUUUAUGCCAAUUAUCUGAAGGAGAUUGAGGCCGCCGAAAAAUCAGCCAUGAUAUCCUGAUCACUCUGGGACAUCCAACGGCUUUCUCACUACGCCGCCUUCUCCUCACCACCCUUCUCCAAAGACCCCUUCAACUCCCCUCACCCUUUCAAAACCUCCUCCUUCUUCUCCCCCUCCCACCUCCUCAAACUCUCCUCCCCCAGCGUUCCCCCAGCCGCCAACCUCAAGUCCAACGGCAACCCAAACUCAAUUGAUUCAUUCCUCACCAAACUCAACAUAGGUCU